AUGUAUAUGGAAAUUUAUGGUGAACUUGAAAAGGUACGAAAUAUGUUACUCAUUCAACAUAAUAUCAAUGAACAGCAUCUUCAAGAGAUAGCUUUAUUGAAUCAAAAUUUACAAGAGUCAAAAGCGCAAUCGGAAUACAAAAUAAAGGAUUUGGUAGUGAAAUUAACCGAACGUGAAGCUGAAAUUACAAACUUAGAAAUACGAUUGAAAACAUUAGCAUAUGGCGAUCAAAUGCUUAUUCCACAUGCAAAGACGGAUAAACAAGAAAUGGAAACAAACGAAAUGAUGCUACAUUUGUCGAGAAUAGUAUUGACCUCUCAUAGUCUAUCUCAACUUGGAACUGCCAGGCCUGUUAUAUUUUUGGCCAUAGAAUUUUACGAUUUUGAAUUGCAAACAACACCAAUGUUAACUGGACCUGAGAUACGAUUGGAUUUUUCAACAAUUUAUGAUGUUGUUGUUUCAAAUUUAUUCCUUCAUUACUUGGAAACACAUGGUAUAACAGUGGAAAUGUACCAUCCACGUGGUACCGAUUAUGUACUUUCCUCAAUUGGUACCAUUUCACUGAAGUAUUUGGUUAAUGUAACUGAAUCACACCGCGGUAUACUUCAUAUGCGAUCAAUACGUGAUGGUUGUUUAUUUGCGACAAUUGAAUACGAUAUUACCAUAAAUACCAAAAUGAUUAAUGCGUUAAUUUUACAAAAAAGAAAACUAACUGUUGUUAGUUCGGGUGCAUUAACUGAUAGUGAUGAAUCAAUCAAUCAUUCCAUGUACAAUAUGCUAAUUGUUGACAUUCAACGUUGUAACAAUCUUGAUAAACUUAUCAAUGAUAAUUAUGCUCCAACAACUUUCGUUUCUUAUGAAUUGUAUGAUUGCGAUGUAUGGCGAACCGAAUCGGUGUCAAAUAACACAAAUCCGGAAUAUAAUUCAGUAAAAACAUGGAUUUUACCAACUGGAAUCGAUCUGUACAAUAAUUUACGCUCAUCGCAUUUAACAAUAGUUGUCUGGGAAGAACAAAUACGCAAUGGUGAUGAACGUCAAAUUGGUUACGUUAAUAUUGCGCUUUAUCCGCUUGUUCAUAACAAUGACAUUUCCGGAAUAUUUCCGCUUCUUUCGAUGAUUAAUGAUAUACCGACGGAUGCAUCCAUUGAUAUUUCGAUACGAUGGAAAUUUCCAUAUAAUCCUCCAGAAUCGGAAUUGAAAUUGGCAACUACCAAUGAAAAUUUUAAACGAAGUAUUAAAACGGCUGACAUAUUGCCUGAAGCAAAAUUAAUAAAUAAAUGUAUGAAAGGCAAGGAGCAGUCAUCAAUUGUGACUGAUGAAUUUGUUGUAACAAAUGAAAAUUUCCGCUAUCAAUCAGAUUUCACAAAUGAUGCUGAAAAAAGGAAACCAAAAGCUGUUGAUAUUGUGGAUGAUAUCGAAAAUGAUAACAAUGAUAUAUUGGAAAUCAUGCAAAAUCAAUCUGUUAAUAUGGAAGAAAUGAAUGAGCAGCACAAAUCAUCAAUAUUAUCACAGAAAGGACGAAAAAUUCCGCAUGUUGUUGAAUUUGCAGAUCCGAUUCAGCAAUCAUUUUCAGCAAGUAGUACAGAUGAAACGACGAGUAGUUUGACAGCUGAUGAAGGACAAAUGAUCGACGAUAGCAUCUCAUUUAUCAGUGCUAAUCAUGCGACACAGUUGAAUGGAAAAUUAUUAUUUGUCAACAAUGACAACUGUGAUAAAGUAAGAAAUGAAAAACUGAAGAAAUCGAUUUAA